AUGUACCACUCAAUUCACAUCAUCCAAUUCAUAAGUUUCCUUGUCUCUCAGUUUACAAAUGCAGUUCUUCUCUAUUUGAUCUACACCAAGACUCAGAAGACCUUUGGACAAUAUCGCUAUCUGAUGGCUGCGUUCUCGAUAUAUGCCAUAAUUUACAAUUAUGUGGAUUUAUUAACUCAGCCACUUGUACUAAUCGAAGAGCAGAUGUAUGCAGUGGUGAAUCAUGGUCCAUUACGGUAUUAUCCAACAGGCGGUUAUGUCUUAGUCUGCAUGUUCGGAGCAUCAUUUGGAAUGUGCAUUUCUCUACUCUCCACUCAAUUUUUCUACCGUUACCUCGCUUUGUGCAGACCAAACGUUCUUGUCCGUUUGGAAGGACCGAAGCUCUCUCUGAUAUUCAUACCUCCCUUCCUCCUCUCUGUCACUUGGUUUCUCUUCUGCUUGUUGGGAUUAGAAAUGUCAUCUGAAAAACAACAAGUUCUGAAAAUUCCACUCGAAGAAAAGUAUGCGGAAGACUCUUUUCGUGUCACUUUUGUCGGUGGUUUGUAUUGGCAGAGGGAUCAGAAUGGAAUAACUCACUGGAAUAUUCAAGAUUGUAUUGGAACAGCUGGUUUAUGUGGAUUGAUGACUCUCCUUUCAUUCAUCCUUAUGUACAUCCCUGUUGGACUACUAUUCCUCCUGCCUCUCUUUGAAGCCAACAUCGGAUUUCUCGGCCGGACAGCAGCAGCCUCCACUGCAAUCUAUCCAGCUAUCGAACCGCUAAUCGCAAUGUUCUGUGUCACAACAUUCAGGAAAUCUCUGAUUUGUUAUAAGAGAGAUGGGAAGGUAUCCUCAACUGCUGUUACAUCGACAGCUUGA